AUGGAUUCUUCAUCACCUCAACGUGAAGCUAUCAAAGAUGAUGAUGAAACUCAGGGAAACGAUGAUGAGUUUGGGACAACUAGUCCUGUUACUGCAAGUGGAAACAAAAGGAAGACCAAGUCAGCUGCAGCUGUUAAGAAGAAGAAGAUUACAAGUACAAGGUCAACAGUUUGGAAUCAUUACACAAGACUGAAGGAGAAUCGGAACAAAUGCAGCUGCAACUAUUGCGGUAGAGUUAUGCGUUGUGCAACGUCCAAUGGCACUUCAUGUCUCAAGAAGCAUCUUGGUAUCUGCAAGGAACAUCAGGCAUGGGUACAAAGUCAGUCCCAGACUCAACAUACUCUGAAUGCCGAAAGUGAUGAUGAAGAUGGUGUUCAGUUGAAGCUGGCGAGGGUUUCUAAUGAAGUUGUAAGGGAAGCUACUAAUGAGUUGCUUGUCAUAUCAGAGUUGCCACUAUCCUUUGUUGAUGGUUUGGGAUGGAAGCACUUCUGCAACAAGGUGAAUCUUCCUAAGCCACAUUCACGAAGAACAGCAACAAGGGACAUUGUUGAGUUGUAUGCAAAGAGGAAAUCAGAUUUGAUGCAGCUGAUCAGUGGCAACAAGCAAAGGGUUUCUUUAAAAACAGACAUUUGGGUUGCAUCGAGUACAGCAGCUAGCUACAUGGUCAUCACGGCACACUUCAUUGAUGAUAGAUGGAAACUCAGGAAGUUCAUCAUUGGUUUCAAGCAUGUAACGGAUCAUAAAGGGGCGACAAUAUGCUCUGUCUUGCUGGAGUGUAUGGCUGAAUGGGGGAUAAAGAAAGUGUUUACAAUAACAGUAGACAAUGCCACUGCGAACACUAAUGCUCUGAAGUUGUUCAGGGAUGCAUUCAACGCUUUAGGACCUGAGUUCUUAGUGCUGGGAGAGGUGGAUGCGAGUGUGUGUGCAAUAAGUAACGCCAUACAAUAUAUCAGAGCUUCUUUUAAGAGAGCCGGAUCAUUUGAUCAGAAGGUUGAGUCAGCAAGGAUGACAAGAGGUAGCUUAUCUUUGGACUGCAAGACACGAUGGAAUUCAACCUACCUGAUGUUGUCAAGAGCCUUGAAGUUUAGAGCAGCGUUUGAUAGAAUGGAAGUUGAGGACAAGCUUUACAAUGAUCACUUUCAAGAGACUGUGGAGGGCAAGAAGAGGGUUGGACCACCAACUUCAGAGGAUUGGGAUAAAGUGGAGGGUUUGGUUAAGUUCCUGGUAAUAUUCUACAACUCCACUUUAGUUGUCUCUGCUUCUAACUCGCCUAGUUCCUACAAGUGUUACAAUGAGAUUGUCACCAUAGAAAGGAAUCUGAUUACAUUGAGUACUAGUACGGAUGAGAAGCUUAGGACAAAGGCUAUGGUUAUGAGGGCAAAGUUUAAUAAGUAUUGGGAUGGUCUAAAAGACAUUAAUAGGCUGUUGAUUGUUGCAAGUGUCUUUGACCCGAGGAACAAGAUGAAGUUUGCUGGUCUUUGCUUUGAAAAGCUUUAUGGGAAAGAUAGUCCACAAAGUAAGGUGCUCUACGACUCAGUCACUGAUGUCAUGGAAAGGCUUUUUGAUGAGUACAACGCCUCCGCAGCAUCACACACUGCUCCAGCAUUUGGUUCAUCGUCUCAGAGUCAGAGUGUCCAAGAGUCACAAGAUGAGGCUGCGAUGGAUUUUUCUGAUGAGAAUGAGUAUGGGUAUGAAAGAAUGGAUUCCUUGUACAAGGAAAUGGUGAACAAGUUGGGAUUUCAAGAUGCAAGCACUGAGUUAGAGCUAUACUUAAAGGAGAAGGUAGAAAUUCCUAAACCCAAUCCUCUAGGAAUUCCGUUUGAUGUUUUAGGUUGGUCGAGGAUCAACAGUUCAAAGUACCCGACCUCAGCUGCCAUAGCUAAGGAUGUUCUAGCUAUGCAAGUCUCUUCUGUUGCAUCAGAGUCUGCCUUUAGCACAAGUAAUCGAAUCCUUGAUCCAUCGAGAAGUUGCUUGACCCACUACAUGAUUGAGGUUCUCAUGUGCACAGAACAAUGGCUUAAGUGUGAGAUUCGAAUCAAUGAAAGAAGUGUGGUUUCAACUCAGCAACUGAUUGCUGAGAUUGAAUUACAAGAUGAACUACAAAGAGAGUUUGAGCCUCAGCUGCACUUCCAAACCUGA